AUGCCCGCCAACAACACCCCCAGAAUGAAGCUUGCCGCAUGCAAGGAGUAUACCGCCGCCGAGCACAACGGAAAUUACGUGCACUACAUCUCAUCAGACUCCGAGUCUGCGGCAGGGUCCGCGGACGAAUCAGAGCCAGAAUGCAUGGACGAAGACGCAGACGACGCUGAGGACGAGGACGUGAUGCAGGUCGACCCUAGUUGGCGCCCCGAGCUCUGGAUGGUCAAGAUCCCCAAACACCUCAUGGAGCGCUGGGCCGAGGUCGACGAGGAGGGCAUCCAGCUCGCCACCAUCCGCCGCUACCCCCCAGCGCCCGGGUCCGGGUCGAGCGCGCCGCGCUGGGUGCUCAGCGUGCCCCCGCUCGACCCUUGGGACGGCCUCGGCCCGGACGAGUACGAGAUCGACGUGCGCGAGCCGGACUCCGCCGCGCAGCCCUUCAACGAGUGCGUCCUCGAGCCCGCGUACGAGCCCCCUGCCCGCGCCCGCCCCGCCUUCGCCCCAGCCUGGGGGGUGAGCACCAGGAAAACCGCGCCCGCGAAGAAGCACACGCACAAGCACAAGGGACCGAGGAAGGCCGCCGCGAGCGCGGUGACGCACCACUGCAGCCUGCGCGCGGUGUACUCCGCGCGAUUGCGCGAGCGGGUGCGGGCGCGCACCGUCGCCGCCGCCAUACCCCAGCGGCAGAUCAAAAUAUACGAGCCGAAGCCCGGCGAGGUGCGCCCCGAGUGCAUGCCCCGCGUCCGUCCGAGGGACGCGAAGGCGCCGCGGAAGCGCACGGCGAACCGCAGGGUGCGCGCGGACAAGGCGGAGCUGCUGGACAUGCUGUUCCAGCUGUUCGUGGACAGGCCGCAGUGGUCGUUUAAAGAUCUGCAAGAGAAGACGCGGCAGCCAGAGGCGUACUUGAAGAAGGUCCUCCCGGAGAUCGCGUUCCUGCACCGCGGGGGGCUCCACUAUAAUUACUGGGAGUUGAGCGCAAACUACGGCGACAAGCAGGAUACGAGCUCUGCAAAUACGUCGAAGGUCGCAAGUCCGGAGGUGGCUGGGAGUGAUGAUGAGGCCGAAGACGAGGAUGAUGACGGCGACCUGGAAGAGGUGUAUUGAUAAAAGGAUAGGAUGGACGCUUCCACUCACUUAAUUUGGCUCUGUACAUUUGUAUACUUAGAGAGACACGGACCUGUAGAGCAGGAAUACAACAAAGCUACGAUACGAUUG